CCACGCUUUAAAUAAUUCAAGCUCCCGUUUCUUCUCUUCCAACAGCUAACAAGAUGCCGGCCGUACAUCACAAACUGCUCCUGGAGGAAGCUCUGCAGGACAGUCCUCAGACUCGCUCCCUGCUCAGCGUGUUUGAGGAGGAUUCUGGGACGCUUACAGACUACACCAACCAGCUGCUACAAUCCAUGCAGCGUGUGUUUGGAGCCCAGAGUGAGAUGGGAUUGGCCACGGAGCAGCUCUCACACCAACUUCUGGAUUAUGAGAAGAAAAAUUUUGCUCUUGGAAAAGGGGAUGAAGAAGUAAUCGUCACGCUGCAGAACUUUGCCAAAACUGUAGUAGAGCUGAACUCGCUCCACUCUGUGCUAGCCAACCAGAUGGCCGACAGCAUGGUUUUCCCCUUGAUCCAGUUCAGAGAGAAAGACCUUACAGAGAUAAGCACACUGAAGGAAAUAUUUGGCAUCGCCACUGAUGAGCACGAGGCAGCGAUGGUCAAAUACAGCCGACUGCCCAAGAAGAGGGAGAAUGAGAAGCUGAAGUCCGACUUGGUGAAGGAGGUGGCGUACACUAGAAGGAAGCAGCACCAGGCCUCACUGCAGUAUUACUGCGCCCUCAACGCCCUGCAGUAUCGCAAGAGAGUAGCUAUGCUCGAACCCAUGCUGGGCUACACACAGGCACAGAUCAGCUUCUUCAAGAAAGGCAUUGAGCUGGUGUCAAAGAAGAUGGACAACUUCCUCUCCUCCGUGUCCAACAUGACUCAAAAUAUCCAGGCCCAGCUUGACACAGAGGCAGAGACCAUGCGUGGGUCCCAGAGGGACUUUCUGUCUGUGGAGGACACCGUCUAUAUGCCGGAUAAGGACACUGAGCCUGUCAAUCGCACACUCAUCCAGAAGGCCGGCUACCUCAACAUUAGGAAUAAAACGGGGCUAGUGACCACAGCCUGGGACCGACUGUACUUCUUCACCCAGGGAGGGAACCUCAUGUGUCAGCCGCGUGGGGCGGUAGCGGGGGGCAUGGUGCUGGACCUGGACAACAGCUCCGUCAUGGCUGUGGAGUGUGAAGACAGACGCUACUGUUUUCAGAUAACUUCCCCCUCAGGCAAAACGUCAAUGAUUCUACAAGCCGAGAGCAAAAGGGAAUAUGAGGAAUGGAUUUGUACUGUGAACAACAUCUCCAGACAGAUCUACCUGACUGACAACCCAGAGGCUGUGGCCAUCCGACUGAACCAGACUGCGAUCCAGGCAGUCACCCCCAUCACCAGCUUUGAGAAGAGACCAGAGGGCUCGCCCAACCCUGACAGAGCGAAGCCAGGAGGUGUCUAUGCUGCCAGUAGUGGUUCCCAGAAGACGGGGGCUGCUCCGGAACCAGAAGACCUAAUAGCCCCUGGGACACCUAUUCAGUUUGACAUCAUGCUGCCGGCCUCUGAGUUUCAGGACCAGAACAGGGCCGGGGGGAGACGCACAAAUCCGUUUGGAGAAACAGACGAUGACUGUUCAACAGAAACUGACGACUCCCUCCUGCAGCAAGUAUUUGCCGUGCGCUUCCAAGGCUCCAUGGCGGUGCGUUGUGGCAACAAUCAGGAGGUGAUCUAUGAGGCCAUGAGGCAGGUGCUGGCUGCCCGAGCCAUCCACAACAUCUUCAGGACCACCGAGUCCCACCUCAUGGUCACCAGCAGCAGCCUCAGGUUGAUUGACCCUCAGACUCAAGUUACAAGAAUAAGUUUCCAGCUUGGAGAAGUGUGUCAGUUUGCAGCCCACCAGGAGAACGGGAGGCUGAUGGGCUUCGUGGUUGAGGGCAGAGACUGGAGUGAGGGAGAUGAGGAGGGAGAGCCUUCGUUCAGCGCCUUCGUUUUUGAGAGCAACACAGAGGGCGAAAAGAUAUGUUACACCAUAAACUUGGCGAAGGACAUUACAGAAGCCAAGAAGGACCCAGAGGCCCUGGCCCAGCUGAUGAAGAACAUGCCUCUAACUAAUGACGGCAAAUUCCUGCUGCUGGAGCCUGAGACGGGCGACACGAGCAAUGGAACAGAAGAAGACCUGGAGUCUGAAGCCUAGUCUCUGUUAGGACGCAACAAAACCAACAAAGACCAGAACCACGGUCCACCUCUUGCCCAGGAGAGGAGGCUCUCUGUGGCUGAAUGGGACAUUGUGACUCUCUAGCCCUAACGCUGCGACUGUAACACCCGUAUUAGAGCGUGUAGUUCACUUCCACUGAUCCUGUGUUACUAGAUUUCCAGUUUUCUGCUGAACUGAAAGCAGAUCUAAUGGAUGCUUUAUUAGAUCUGCUUCUGUACGGUCAGACUGUAGCAUGGGUCUUUGGAUUUGGAGUUUUUUAGCCGACUGUGGGCGGUACUUCCAUCAAAAGGGACACUAAUAGUUAUUGAUUGUGUUUCAUUGUCUGCUAACAGAAGGCGGUGAAUCACUUCAUUUUUAGGUUUACAUAGUUUGGAGAGUUUAUUCUUUUACACGUUAACUUGUGCGUAAGGCUCUUAUGCAACUACUUUGGUGUUUAUUUCUUGUUUAUGAAUGUACAAAAAAAGGUUAUUGCAAAUCCAAGGUUAAUAUCCGUUUCGUAGGAGUGCAGUAAUUGAGACAUUUUAACACAAUGGACUUGAAAGAGGUUAAAGUCGUGUCAGUUCUUCUCAUCGGCCGAGCAGUGACUGUUGCAUUGCUUAUUAUUGUAACUCCAUGUGAGCGUGUGUGUCCUGAAGCAGUGGACACGGUGGGACUAAAUGUUUUUAUUCUUUCUGUACUCUUGCCACUAUAAGUUACAUGGACAAGGCACCUUGACUUAAAGCAUUCCCACUAAACUUAACUGAUGUCAUAUUGUUUCGUUAUUCACAGAUACCUGUACAAGUCCUAGUCAUCUGUGUGCAAGGUCCUCCGGGACCGUGAGCAGCCCAAAUCUUUAGUGAAAUUACAACGUUGUGCUACGCCUCUUGAAAGCCUGUGUAAAUAUGAACUGUUCCAGUGUCUAUAUGAUGUUUAAUCACAGUUGGCUACAUUAAGAGCUUUCAGAGUUGAUAUGCGAGGACUGAUGCGGUGCAUGAUUAAAUAGUAAUGUUCUGUCCCUUUGCAGAAGAUUAAAACAUUUCUAAAUGUUACAGUAACGCAUGUAGGCAGACCAGUGUGGUGUUAUGUACUCAUUGAAAAGCAACUGGCUCGUUGCUUAAUAUAAAUACUAAACAGAAAACAUGAAGGAAGUG